UAUUCAUGUAGCGGCCCGCCCUACUUUAUUUGUGAGGCAGAAGCACAGAGGGCACAUCUCUACCACUGAGAACCUGAUCUCUGCACAGAAAGCUGAAAACACACAUACCUGCACGGACUGGACUGCACCAUGGGCACGGCCGCUUGCCUGUGCCUCGUAUUGCUACUCGCCGCCUGCUCUGCUCAGACUCCAUGCAUAUUAAUCACCCCUGGGGUACUGCAUGCAGAAAUGGAGGAGACUUUUGUGCUGGAGGCUCCAUUACAAACCGUAGAUUUUGAGGCCAUCAUCCAAAUCCAGGAUUUCCCCCAGAAAGUGAAGUCUCUGGCCAAGGCAACAGUGCAACUAAAUGCCGGUAACAAUUUCCAGGAUGAAGUGAAAAUAAAGUUUUCAGAAAAUGACUUGCCCAAAGACUCCAGCAAGAAGCAAUUUGCCUACAUUACUGUGAAAGCCUCCAAGGCCGACUGCAAUCUGGAGAAAAUUGUCCUCCUGUCCUUUGAAAGCGGAUACGUCUUCAUACAGACCGACAAGCCUCUCUAUACUCCAGGAUCCAAUGUUUUAUAUCGGCUUUUCAUCUCCAACCCCUCAUUAGUACCCGACAACCGUACAGUGAUGGUGGAGAUUAUGAACCCAGACAAGAUUGUGGUGGAAAAAGCUUCAUACACUUCCACCAACGGCAUUGUGUCGAAGAACUUCAACCUGCCAGAUAUUGCAAAUGUGGGAACAUGGAGGAUUGUUUCGAGAUUCCAGGCAGCACCUCAACAGACGUUCCACACUGAGUUUGAGUGCAAGGAAUAUGUAUUGCCGACAUUUGAAGUCCUCCUGGAGACACCACAGCCAUAUUUCUAUGUGGAUGAAGGUGAAUUUGUUGUGGACAUAACUGCCAAAUUCCUGCACGGGAAAUUGGUUGAGGGCUCAGGAUAUGUAAUGUUCGGGGCGGUGAUCAAUAAUGAGAAGCUGAAUUUCCCAGACUCUCUGAAUAAAAUAGAGGUGGUAAAUGGAGAGGCCAAAGCUGUACUGAAACGGGCUGUGGUCAUGAGACGGUUCCCCGAACUCUCUCUCCUACUGGGAAAUUCUCUGUUUGUCACGGUUACUGUCCUCACCAAUGCAGGUAGUGACAUGGUGGAAGCAGAGAAGACUGGGAUUCCUGUAGUUGAGAAAGCAUUCAAAUUGCUUUUCACCAAGAGCUCUAACUAUUUCAAGCCCGGCUUGCCCUAUACACUCUUGGUUUCAGUUCAGAACCCUGAUGGAUCUCCAGCUUCUUCUGUCAACGUUUGCACAUUGACUAACGGGUGUAGUAAAUCUAACGAUGAUGGAACCGCAAGCAUAGUCAUAAACACCGCAGGGGACAGUACAAAUCUGGAAGUGAAGAUGCGGACAGAAGCUGUAGAUGUUACUCCUCAGCGGCAAGCAAUUGCCACUUUCAAUGUCCAGGCCUACAAACCACAGGGCAAAGGGAAAAAUUACUUGCACAUUAACAUCAUGUCCCCCAAGGUGCGACUGUAUGAAAACCUGGCGGUGAACUUCUAUGUGAGGAGCACAGACCACAAAGUUGAUGAGAGUAUCAAGAAAAUAUCCUUUCUGGUUCUUAGCAAGGGCAGGAUUGUCCAUGUGGGAAGAGUAAACCGGCAGACUGGGCAGGGAUUUGUGGUAACUUCUCUUUUUAUCCAAGAAAAAUUCCUGCCAUCUUUCCGAAUUGUGGCAUAUUACCUAGCAGGUAGUCCAAAAGAUCCAUAUGAAAUUGUGUCGGACUCAACCUCUGUGGAUAUCGUGGAUUCCUGCAUGGGAAAGCUUGAGUUUCGUCAAAAUCCCAAGAGAAUGUCCAUUAAUCCACAACCGGGAAAUUCCAUAAGUAUGCUGAUCACCGGUGAACCUGGGACGUAUGUUGGACUCGUGGCUGUAGACAAAGCAGUUUUUGUUUUGAACAAGAAGAACAGGAUUUCCCAAGCCAAGGUUUGGAAGGAGCUGAAAGAGCGUGACCUGGGCUGUACCAUUGGAGGGGGAAGUGAUAAUGCAGCGGUGUUUACAGAUGCUGGGCUCUCUGUAGUGACCAACAUUGGCCUCAACAAUCCCACAAGACAAGAACAUCGCUGCUCUCAGGGUCAAAGGAAGCGACGCUCUGUCCCUCUGAUUGGAUUAAAGGCACAGAAAGUCCAGCAGUAUACAGAUGUGCGUCUUCGACGCUGCUGUGAGGAUGGAAUGUUAGAGAAUCCCAUGGGAUAUUCCUGCCAGAGACGGGCCCAGUAUGUACUGGAGGCUGGCGACUGUUCAGCCAUUUUCCUAGAAUGCUGCAAGUAUAUUUAUGAAUCACCGCCGGUCAGAGGAGGCUCCAGGAGAGGACCCAAAAGGAAGCCAAUGACAUCAUUCAUCCAUUUGACGUCUAGUGUAGACCAGGAUGAAGAUCCCUACAUGGAUAUAAAAGACAUCAGCUCCCGCACAAUUUUCUCGGAGAGCUGGCUAUGGAAGGUAGAAUUACUGCCUUCCCGGGUAGAAAACACUGGCUUGGCUUCCAAAAUUAUAUCUUCUGCGCUGCCAGAGUCAAUCACCACUUGGGAGUUCCUGGCUGUCAGCAUGUCUCCUAACAAAGGUGUCUGUGUUGCCCAGCCGUAUGAACUCACUGUGAAGAAACUAUUCUUCAUUGAUCUUAGACUUCCAUAUUCAGUGGUGCGUAAUGAGCAAGUAGAGGUCCGUGCUGUCCUAUACAGCUAUUUACCGGAAGACAUUGAGGUGCAGGUGGACCUCCUUUAUAAUAAGGACAUGUGCAGCUCCGCCACAAAAGAGAGUACUUACCGUCAGGUGGUGAAGAUGGGGCCCGGGGCUAUUGUUGUACUGCCCUUUGUCAUUGUGCCCUUGGUGGCUGAUGAUCUGCAGGUGGAAGUUAAGGCUUCAGUUAAAGAAACAGGAUAUGACGAUGGAGUAAUAAAAAAGCUGAAGGUGGUGCCAGAAGGGAUGAAAAUCUUUAAAACGAUCCACAGCAUCAUCCUGGACCCCUUGAAAUCAGAUUCUGGGAAGCAGACAGAAUUCAUUAAUCUUACCCCACGGAAUGACAUAGUGCCCAAGAGUGAUCCAGUGACCUAUGUCAGCGUAACCGGAAACAUCAUGGGGGAAACACUUGAAAAUUCCAUUGACGGCUCAAAGCUAAAUCAUCUGAUAAUGGUGCCAUCUGGGUGUGGAGAGCAAAAUAUGAUGACCAUGACCCCUAGUGUGAUUGCCACACGCUAUCUGGACGCCACUGGCCAGUGGGACAAAAUUGGGCUGAAUCUCAGAGAGAAAGCUAUCAAUGCCAUUAAAAAAGGAUAUACCCAACAGUUAGCAUACCGGAAAGCUGACAACUCUUAUUCAGCAUUUACUAAUAGACCUGGGAGUACAUGGCUGACGGCUUAUGUGGCAAAGGUUUUUGCUAUGGCCUCGCGGAUGACUUAUAUUGAGAAGGAUGUGCUCUGCGGAUCCAUCAAAUGGCUCCUUCUGAAACAACUGCCUGAUGGGAUGUUCCAAGAAGAUGCCCCUGUCAUUCAUGGGGAGAUGGUUGGCGGGUCUGGACAGACGGAUCCUGAUGCCUCUCUUACUGCCUUUGUCCUUAUUGCACUGUUGGAGGCACAGAGUUACUGUAAAGAGGAGGUGCCGAACCUGGACCGAGCUGUGAAUAAAAGUGCUGAAUACUUGGAAAUUCGUCUUACGACUCUGAAAAAGCCAUAUUCUGUAUGCAUUGUGUCCUGUGCUCUGGCUCUAGCUGGGAGACUGCCAAAUCACAAGCAUCUGAUGAAAUUUGCACAAGGUGGUACACACUGGGCAGAUGCCUCCCCUCAUCUUUAUGCAAUAGAGGCCACAUCUUAUGCCCUUCUUGCUCUUCUCAAACUCGGUGAUUACCACUUGGCUGGACCGGUGUCCCAAUGGCUGGCUGAACAGAGGUUUUAUGGAGGAGGUUAUGGCUCUACUCAGGCCACCAUAAUGGUGUUUCAAGCUCUGUCAGAAUACCAGAUGCAUGUUCCCAUUAUGAAUGAUGUUGAGAUGGAUGUAAGCAUCAGCCUUCCAACGAGAAACGCACCCCUGACUUGGAGGAUUGAUUCUGAUAAUGGCAUGGUCAGGCGGAGUGAGCAAACAUCAAUGGAAGGCAAUAUUACAGUGAUAGCAACAGGAAGGGGCAAGGGCACAAUGACGAUAAUGAGCGUGUAUUAUGCCCCAAUGUCCGAAGAUGCAGUUGAAUGCAAGAAGUUUGAUUUCUCUGUCUCCCUUCAGGAGGUGCCAGCAGGAAAGAAAGCAGAUGGGGUCAUAAAGUCUAUGUACAUGAACAUCUGUAUGAAGUUUCUUGGAAUUGUUGAUUCUACCAUGACCAUUGUUGAUGUAUCGAUGCUCACUGGAUUUACACCAGACACAAAUGACCUGGAUAUGCUAACAAACAGGGUGGAAAAAUACAUUUCCAAGUACGAGAUGGAUAAAGAAAGAUCAGAAAAAGGUUCCCUCAUUAUUUACCUGGACAAGGUGUCCAGGACAGAGGAUGAAUGUUUGAAAUUCAGGAUUCACCAGAAUUUUGAGGUUGGAGUUCUGCAGCCAGCAGCCAUCACAGUGUAUGAAUAUUACACUCAAGAGUAUCGUUGCACAAAGUUUUACCAUCCAACAGAAGAAGAAGGGCAGUUGCGCAGGAUCUGCACAGGAAUAGAGUGUCACUGUGUGGCAGAGAGGUGCAAUCUCAAGAAUGGAUUCAAGGAGCAGUUGAGUGUUGAAGGACGCCUAAAGUCUGCGUGUGAAGCUGGAGUGGAUUACGUGUAUGAAACAAGACUGGACAAAACUGAGAAGAAUGGGGCAUAUGAUGUUUUUAAAAUGACCAUCACUAGGAUUGUGAAGUUGGGCACUGAUGAUACAGCAGAAGGAAAGCAGCGCCAGUUCUUUAGUCACCAAAGCUGUAGAGAUUCUGUAAAACUAAGAGAAAAUCACACGUAUAUCAUCUGGGGCAAAACAGCUGAUAUGUGGGACUUAGAGAAAGGGAAAGCCUAUGUGAUCAGUGGCGACACAUGGAUAGAAGAGGUGCCCAAUGGCAAAGAAUGUGCCACAACACAUGCCAACCUGUGUGACGAAAUAUCAAAGUUUAUAGAUAUAUUGACCCUGCUUGGCUGCUCGAACUGAGCCAUGGCUGGAUCCAAAACCAUGUUUGCCAGCAGAUCAACUAAUUUUUUAUUUUUUUAUAAAUGAAGGGAAUUUGAAGGAAACAUUUUCUAUUCUAUUCCUACAUACAUCACCCACAAACCCUAGCCCAUUCCUUUUACACUCUCUCGGCCCACAGAACAGGGAAUGUUCCUGUCCAAGGGCAAGUCAACAGAAUCUUCUGCACCUUACUCCCUAUUGUGUAAGAGUUAUAUGGAGGGGCAUAAGGCUAUAAAAUACAAUUCAAGCAGAACCAUAUGUGCUGCAAAGCUAAUGCGUUUGUAUGCCUUGUUAAACACCUAAUAAAUAAUGUGUCUUUA